AAUGACGUCACGGAAGUAAACACAAGCAUGUCGCACAGGCAGACUCAACCGAGAGAUAUGAACGGCCAGGCAGACGUAGAAGUAGACUAUAAGCGGAAAUAUAAACAUCUCAAAUGGAAGCUGAAGUUUUUGGUCUAUGAGCAGGAAUGUUUCCAGGAGGAGCUGAGGAGGGCACAGAGAAAACUGCUGAAAGUUUCCAGGGAUAAAAGCUUCCUCCUGGACAGACUACUACAGUAUGAGAGGGUAGAUGAGGAUUCCUCGGAUUCAGAUGCAACAGCUUCUUCAGAAAACAGUGAAGGAGAAGUGCCCAGGGAGAGGGAAAGAGACAGUGGGAAAAAGCGAAGAAGUAGCCCUGCAACAAGCCUUCCCUCAUCGUCAUCGUCCCCCCAUCCUCUCUCCCUCCUCUCCCGUCCUGGUGUGAACCCCCUGCAGUCAUCAGGGUCUGGAGGCUACCUCAACACAAUGCCCUUCCCACCAGAGUAUUUGGCUCCCCCAGCUGAGCGAAUGAAGAAAGAGAGAAAAACAAAGACGCCUAAAAACAAGAAAGAGACAUCGGGGAAGGUUGUGGCAGCUAAUUACCCAGCAGCCCCCUCAGCUCCUCCUGCAACUAGCGGCCCGUUCAGCUGGGUUCCCAGACAGAUGCUAAGUGGUGAUGCUGCUGAAGAGGAGGGUGACAGCGAAGGAGACAGUGACAGAGGAGAUGAAGACAGGGGGGAGGGAGAUGAGGCUGAACUAGUCAUUGAUAUCCCCAAUGAGUGAGCCUGAGUGUAUUUUCAGAGGAAUUUUUGUUGGUCUGUCUGUGUUUUUGUGUACAUAUUUUUGAGCAAAAGGUGGAAUGCAACGUUUGUAUUUCUGUGUUCAGCAACCCCUUAUGAAAGUUCAUGAGAAGAGCAGAGCUCCUCCCUGUGGACUUUGGUCAAACUGCAGAAUCACUGCCAAAACAAGCUGCUGCAGAAACGCAGUGUUCAGCUAUUAUCCUUGUGAUUCAUUCAUUAGUGAAGAUGCAGUUUGCAAGCUUUUAGGAAAGCACCGCUUCCAGAGGACAAUCGGACAUUUUAUCCUGUACAUGGCUUCUGGCACCCUACUGAUUAUCUCUUGGUGAAAAAAUUUAGCAAUGCAUACUGUAAAUUUUGUGACUUAAAUAAAGUGUCUCCCUGCUAAAGCGGU